GCCGAGGCCGCCGGCCCCGCUCGCCCUAGCUCGCCAGCUGCCAGCCAGCCUGCAGGAGGGAGGAGAGAAGUCGAGCGCUUGCUUCCGCUGUUGGCUACUCUGUCCUGGUCUCCAGCUGCCUCAUUGCAGCUGACAUUCCUCAUACGGACACAUCGUUGCUUUUUAAAUAUUUCCAAAGAAACAAUAACAUUCAAGCUGGCGCAAGCAAUGGUUCACAUAAAGAAAGGCGAGCUGACCCAGGAGGAGAAGGAGCUCCUGGAAGUCAUCGGUAAAGGUACUGUCCAAGAGGCUGGAACACUGUUAUCUAGCAAGAAUGUUCAUGUCAACUGUUUGGAUGAGAAUGGAAUGACUCCUCUAAUGCAUGCAGCAUAUAAAGGAAAGCUUGAUAUGUGCAAACUACUUUUGCGACAUGGAGCUGACGUAAACUGUCAUCAACACGAACAUGGAUACACAACCCUUAUGUUUGCUGCACUUUCUGGUAAUAAAGACAUCACAUGGACAAUAUUGGAAGCUGGUGCAGAGACAGAUGUUGUCAACUCUGUGGGAAGAACAGCAGCUCAGAUGGCAGCCUUUGUGGGGCAACAUGAUUGUGUGACUAUAAUCAACAAUUUCUUUCCCCGAGAGAGGUUGGACUAUUACACUAAACCCCAGGGACUAGAUAAAGAACCAAAGCUGCCCCCAAAGUUGGCAGGCCCACUGCACAAAAUUAUCACCACAACAAAUCUUCAUCCUGUCAAGAUUGUGAUGCUUAUAAAUGAGAAUCCUCUACUGGUGGAAGAGGCAGCCCUGAAUAAAUGUUAUAAGGUGAUGGACUUGAUUUGUGAGAAAUGUAUGAAGCAAAGAGACAUGAAUGAAGUAUUGGCUAUGAAAAUGCAUUACAUCAGCUGUAUCUUUCAGAAAUGCAUUAACUUCUUGAAAGAUGGAGAGAAUAAACUGGACACCUUGAUCAAGAGCUUGUUAAAAGGCCGAGCUUCUGAUGGCUUUCCAAUAUAUCAAGAAAAGAUCAUUAGAGAAAGUAUCAGAAAAUUUCCUUACUGUGAAGCUACACUCCUCCAGCAGCUGGUGCGAAGCAUUGCUCCCGUUGAAAUUGGUUCUGAUCCCACUGCAUUCUCUGUGCUUACCCAAGCCAUCACUGGUCAGGUGGGUUUCGUGGAUGUUGAAUUUUGCACAACCUGUGGAGAAAAGGGAGCAAGUAAAAGAUGCUCAGUAUGCAAAAUGGUAAUAUAUUGCGAUCAAAGUUGCCAGAAGAUACACUGGUUUGCACAUAAGAAAAUCUGUAAGAAUCUGAAGGACAUUUAUGAAAAGCAACAACUGGAGGCUGCCAAAGAAAAGAGGCAAGAGGAGAGCAAUGGCAAACUCAAUGUCAAUUCUAAUUGUGUUAAUGAAGAAAAACCAGAGGCUGAAACAAGCGUUUGCCAAGAGGAUUCCAAUCCUAAAGAUUCUGUGGAAGGGGAGAAGGAAUGUCUGCAAAGUGAGGCUGGGCUGCAGUGCUUUCAGGAUGCUCCUGCAGGCCCACAAGCAUCAGAGGAGUAAAAGCUGUAGCAUGCUGUAGCAUGGAUGCUCCCCACCUAGCAGGUAGCUGGAAAACUCAUGUGACUGUGUCCUCAUUGCCUUGUGACACCUGCAUGGCACCAGUGCAGGAUUCCACGUGUCGUAGAAUAGAGGCUUUCAAGCAAAGCUCUGUCUACCAUACUCUAAUUUCCUAUUAAUUUCUGUUCUAUAAUCGAACAGAUAUUUCUACGGAAAAUUUUUUCUUUCAAAAUACAGGAAAAACAUUUCCAGUCCCUUUCUGAAGCCGGCUUCCCAGUAAUUGUUCUCAAAGGAAAAUAAAUCCGCUUAGAGAAGAAAUAUAGGCUCUAGGAAACAAAGGGACAAGCAGAAUAGGUGUGGGAGAGAACAGAUUUUUCAGGAAAGAAAAAUUUUGUAGCCAUAGAAGUGGGUAGUUAGAAAAAUCAUGACAUAUGUGAAUGAAAUUCAUAUAAAUAGCAUUUACAGUACUGAAGUUCUGCUUAUUAAGAUGCAAUGAAAUGAAGAAAAGCUAUAUGUUAAAGGAUCUUUCCCAAUUAUUUCAGCUAAUUGUAGUUUAUAUGGAAAUUAUCCUGGGCCGUCUGAACUUUUUGUAGUUCCUGCAGUAAAGUUCUGUCUACAGUGUUUGUUCAUUCAGAAAUGUCAGAUCCCUCUUAAGGAAAAGGCAUAGCCAGGUCUGUCUCAGCAUGUACAUUUAAAAAGACACUACCUGGGGGCUGGCCCGUGGCUCACUUGGGAGAGUGUGGUGCUGAUAGCACCAAGGCCAUGGGUUCAAAUCCCCAUAUAGGGAUGGCCGGUUAGCUCACUUGGGAGAGCCUGGUGCUGACAGCGCCAAGUCAAGGGUUAGGAUCCGCUUACUGGUCAUUAAAAAAAAAAAAGAAAGAAAGAAAAAAAAAGAUACUACAUGAAAUUUUUGAUUAAGUAAUGGCCAAACAUACAGUAUACACAAUUGUAAAAAUAAUUCAUGUGCCACAUUCUGCCUAAAAGGCUGAGUAAAGUUUUCAUGGGGCUCUUUCUGUCCAGAAAUUGUGGUUUAUAACUGUCAUUUAGAGGAUGUCAUCAGUUUUUAACAUACGUGGUAAUUAAACAGAGCUAGAAAGUGAUGUCUGAAUAUAGCGCUGUGUUUCAAAGUUUCUUGUGUUGAUUUUUAAAUAAAU